AUGUCUGCAGACACAUCAGACCUGACCAAGGUCGACUCGGCCAUUGGUGGUGUUUCUGGUUCUCCUCCCAAAGAAGGCGCCAAAGAGACGAAACGAAGAACAACGUCUAGCGCUCCAGGUGUUUUCAACAUCCUCGACCUCGAGAAGGAAGGUACCAAGGUCUCCGUCGCUGCUGAAACACAGAAAACCGGCUGGAAGCUCAACACCUCAACAAGCACCGUAGAGGACCCUGCCAUCUUGAAGAAGUUCCUGACCACCCCCCCUGUCAAGAAGAUUGACCUCCAUUUCCCACUUGGCCUCGAGGUCACCGCAAGAAACUUGAAGGGCGUUACAAUCAAAGAUGCACUAGAUGCCAUCCACAAGCAGUUCAAGAAGAAGGCUGACGACGAGAUGGAAGAGCCCUACCUAAAGGGAUUCGAAUGGGACCCUGAAGAGUCAUGGACGAGACUGAAGGUACAUACCCAGAAAGUAGGCUUACCAUCUGGAAAGAAGUCCAAGAAGAAGGGAGGUGACGAAUAA